CCGUUACCAUAAGUAUUUCACACACUGCUCCCACAUUUCUCCAUCCACCUCUCGGUAUCAAACAUAAUAAUAAGUUACUAACAUUGUAAACAAGAAAAGAGGGGGUAUGGCCAGCAAUGUGGUCAACAUUAUUGGAUCUCUCAUCAUCUCUCUAAUGUGGAUGGUGGAGGCUAGAAUCCCAGGAGUGUACUCCGGUGGUGCUUGGCAAAGUGCUCAUGCCACAUUCUACGGAGGAUCUGACGCUUCCGGCACCAUGGGGGGAGCAUGUGGGUAUGGGAACCUGUAUAGCCAAGGAUAUGGAGUGAACACGGCGGCGCUGAGCACGGCGCUCUUCAACAGCGGUCUAAGCUGCGGUGCCUGCUUUGAGAUCAAGUGUGCCAACGACAGGCAGUGGUGCCACUCCGGGAGCCCUUCCAUAUUCAUAACCGCAACAAACUUCUGUCCCCCAAACUACGCACUCCCAAGUGACAAUGGUGGUUGGUGCAACCCUCCCAGACCUCACUUCGAUCUUGCCAUGCCAAUGUUCCUCAAGAUCGCUGAGUACCGUGCCGGCAUCGUCCCCGUUGCCUAUCGCCGGGUGCCAUGUAGAAAGCAUGGUGGGAUCAGGUUCACAAUUAACGGAUUCCGUUACUUCAAUUUGGUUUUGAUCAGCAACGUCGCGGGUGCAGGGGAUAUAGUGAGGACGUACGUGAAGGGCUCAAGAACCGGGUGGAUGCCAAUGAGCAGGAACUGGGGCCAGAACUGGCAGUCAAACGCGGUCUUAGUGGGUCAAGCCUUGUCCUUCCGUGUCACCGCCAGUGACCGUCGCACCUCCACCUCUUGGAACAUUGCUCCCUCCAACUGGCAGUUCGGUCAAACUUUUACCGGAAAGAAUUUCCGGGUUUAACCUUAUUAAGUCACCCGCUAAUCACUCACACCCAAUCAUAAUUAUAUAUAGUGUUAUAUUUUUUUUACCCCAUCAUUAUCACUAUGAUUAUGAUUAUGCUCAUGAUUAUAUGAAAUGGACAAGGCUAUUAUUUUUUUUGGCUUCCAACCAAUUGUCUAAUGUCAGUUUUUUAUUAUAUUUUUUUACCCCCCUUCUGGCGCCCAUUUUGAUAGCGAUUAGAAUGCUGGAUUUUAUUUUUGACUGAAUGUUUUGGAGACUGUGAAAGGGGGAGUGAGUGAGUGACAGCAGGUUGUGACUUGUUGACUUUUGUGUCCUUUUUGGGUGGGUGGGUUUGAUAUGAUAUCGCUAUAUAAUUUUAAUUUGGGGUGCGUGCAUGAGUUUGUACUCUUUUAUCAGUUUGUGUGUUAGAUUUUAGAGUGAAGGGGGGGAACGGAAGAGGAGUAAGGAAUGCUGAAGCGGCCAAGCAAAGUAGCAGCCCGCGGCAAAAUUAGAAAUGGGAUGGUGUUAUGUUGUUAUGUCAUUAUGUAUCUAAGGGAGUGUGUUGUCGUUAACUUGUAUACGCUGGAAUCAGAAAAUGUAUUUUGUUGGUUUGUGUUUCA